AUGCCGAGGGAACUAGAUCCGACAGCUAAUGAAAAGAGCUUCAUCCUCGAUGCGCUAAACCAAAAGCUCCGAAUCGAUGGUCGGGACCUGGAUUCCUUUAGAGAGUUGGAACUUAACUUCGGAGAUGAUUACGGGCUCGCAGAUGUGCGAUUGGGGAAGACCCGGUACGCCACCCACCCACCCUGACUACUGCCCCUCGCACCCGAGUCCCAAAACUCAAUUGAACGGACCACAAACUGCUAAUACCGAAUGCCGCUCCAGAGUCCUCGCCCGUGUUUCCGCAGAAGUAGUAAAGCCCUUCGCCGACCGUCCAUUUGAAGGAAUCUUCACAAUAACAACAGAGCUAGGCCCUAUGGCCUCCCCAGCCUUCGAACCCGGCCGGUAAUAAUAAGCCCCCCCCCCCUCCCUUCGGCCCCCACUAAUCCACUAAUACGAACACAGUCAAACCGAACAAGAAGUCCUCCUCUCCCGUCUCAUCGAAAAAGCCAUCCGUCGCUCAAACGCGCUAGAUACCGAAUCGCUUUGCAUCGUCGCCGGACAGAAGUGCUGGCAGAUCCGCGCAGAUGUGCACUUCCUCUCCCACGAUGGCGCCCUCGUGGACGCCUCGUGCAUAGCCGUGGUAGCUGCCCUCCAGCACUUCCGCCGCCCGGACGUCUCGAUCGAGGGUGAGAAGGUCACCAUCCACACCAUGACCGAGCGCGUCCCCGUGCCCCUAUCCAUCCUGCACGUUCCUAUCUGUGUCACUUUCUCGUUCUACCUCGACGGCGAGGUGUGUCUUAUCGACGCCACAUUGCAGGAGGAGCAGCUAAGGCAGGGGGACAUGACGAUCACCCUCAACAAGUUCGGUGAGCUAUGUCAGAUUUCGAAGGCCGGCGGAUUAGCCAUCAAUGCAUUGAAUUUGCUCCGGUGCGCCAAGGUCGCACUGGUCAAGGUUGGGGAGAUCACGGCUACCGUGCAGAGGAGGCUGGAGGAGGAUGCCGCCGUCAGAGUGCGGAGGGAUAAUCUAUUAGAGAGCAAAGCGGAUAAUGAGCGGGCUUGA